AUGAAUGCAGGGCUGUGUGUGUGUGUUCUGCUGGCAGUCCUGUGCACAAGCUGUCUGGGACGCCCUUACUCCUCUCAGCCCCUGGAUAGGGGCCGGUGGGCCGUCUCGCCUCCCUCUGAAGACGGCCUCGACAGCGACACCCAUGUCUUGUCCGAGCCCCGCCUGCGGCACACCCGCUCUGCCUCCCAGGCGAAGCCGCUGCCGCUGUCAGAGGAGGAGCAAGACUCCAGAGCCAACCUCAGCAAGCUGCUGGCAAGACUCCUCUCCUCCAGUAAAGGUACUGUGCGUAGGGACUUCACGGUGAGCAGCAGAGCCCGCGGGCUGACCGCCGCCCAUCGGAUAAAAGAUAGGGACUACACGGGCUGGAUGGACUUCGGCCGUCGCAGUGCAGAGGAAUAUGAAUACUCAUCGUAA